AUGAGAAAAGCUCAACGAGAUAUCUGCUUGCCGUGGCUACCGCUGAAUCUGUUUCUGGGCCUCAUCCGAUCCCUUGGCUCUCCUUUGCCUCGCUGCAUCUCUCGCUGGCACUACCUCCCGGAGGCUCUUUCACCGACUCUUGAAAGGCACAUUUACUCCUUAGCCAUGCGGCAUCGCGCCUCCAUCGGCCCUCUCUUCUCCCUUCGUUUCGUGUUUCUGGCCUUUUUCUGGCUCUUGCCUUGCUACACCACCUCCUUCUGCACUGAUACUUGUCCGGAAACAUUGUUUUUGCUGGACAAACACCCACCCCUUGGAGGCCGCAAAAACGCAAACCAUGGCAACUGUGCCGUUCAGAACCUAGAACAGGUCUGGUACCAUGUCUUCGUCAGAUUUCAGACAAAUAUCUCAAAACGAGGACUAUGUCUUCAUACUUUCGACAAGAGCAGCUACCCAUACAGCAUGUCUAUUGAGAGUCCGGGGCCUUUCUGGUACCAUACGACGGCUUGCCACAUGUUCUCUCUUUCGGUGUCAUUAUUGCCAAGCGUCCUGCUGCUGGUAUCAACCCUACUUCUUCCCGGCCCAACAUCCCAGGAAUGUCUCGCAGGGCGGCCUACAGGACGACAGGAGAGCCAAACGGAUCCAGCUACGGCGACUGUGAGGGACCGGGUCCUUUUCAUCAUCGGACACUCGGUAACAAAGAAGCAAGUAUGUAGAGAGAGCUAUCAAAAGGUUAUGGCUCUGCUCCCCGGUCCCGCAGAAAUCUCCCGCUAUAUGUGGCGUACGCACCGCAGACUCGACAGGGUGUGCAUUUCCAAUGAGGCUUCUAUCAGCAGGCUUUCUUGCCUGGAUAUGUACGAGACCUGUACAGAGGCGGGAGAAGACAAGGUGGAACAAAACCUGAAAGGAGGUCUUGACUUGGCUUAUAAUGAGCCACCCCCGUCUCUCUACGGAUUGCGACAGAAGGACCCGGUAUGCUGGUUGCCUCGCGAAAUUAUCAAAAAGGCGGUCAAGAAAGAAAUUUCCAGCUCUUGUUCUACGACGAGCAAUCUCGUCAGCUCCAACCCCUCGAUGCUCACUUUCCGAUGUUCUCGCUGUCUUCGCGGAACUCGUCUCUCGCGCAAGGUCAACCCGGCAAGCGUUUCUUUGCGCCAUUCCAACGACAGGAAAUGCUCUGUGACCUGGAGCCUAGGCCUCGUGACUACCGAGCAUGCCAUACCCCCUGCCGUUGCAGGACUGUACCCCUCGAGGCAGCAAAAUUCAUUCCAGGUGACACAAGAGGGCUUUAGCCGAAAGGGCUUCCACAUCAUGACAAUAUGGCAGUCGAAAAGAGAAAAGGAACUGGCAGUCUUAGGGAAGACAUCCAGAAUAACACACUCAGGAUCCGAUCGCUGUCUUUCGGUCUCGAGUGCCAGGCUUGUUCCGAAAAGCGCCAGCGUAUCGCUCAAGACACCAAAUUUGGUUGAGUCGUGGCCAUUGCCUCGGGAUCGUCACGACAUCAUGGGCUGUAACUGCGCAUCUACCGAAAAGCCCCUCCUCGAUGACCCCCUUACGGACAGGGUUUCCAUCACGUUGCCUUUGACGUCGAAUCUGGCCAAUGUUGGAACACAGAUUUCCGAAUUUGUUCGCUUUCUCCUUCCAGAUUGGGACUGUCAAUCUCGAAUUGUCAAACGUACAAGACUCCGUCAGCAAGCCUUUUUGCCACCGAGCGCCACCUCAUGUUUCGUCUCCAUGACCGGGUCCCUGACCAUGGUGAUUGGUAAAGGAUCAGGAGCGGUCGAUCACCCAGGUUACCCGCCCCGGUUGCCCUCGGGCAUCCCUGGAGACCCGUACAAGAGUACCAGAAUUCAAUAUGUCGCGCCAUUGGCAAAAGUCAACGACGAACACCGUGUGCAUCCGAGACGCACGUUGUUCAGCAGGCCAGUUUCAGGCCCGCCUGUCAGGAGCCUGCCAAGGGCUUUUGUGGAUGCAACGUUGGACGGGCCUUUAAUGAUAGAUCCAUGGAUCCAUCGGCUACCGGGCCCUUUGGAUGUCGAGGCAAGCGCUGCCACGCUUUUGACGUGGCUUACCUGGCUGGGGUAUCAUAACAACUCUGGCUUCCCCAAUAGGAUGACGCGCGUAGCAAAAAGAGAGACCACUUUGCCCGGCUACCACGAUGUUCCUAAUAUGGACCCGUCACUGAUUCGAGACAGUCCCACGAGGGCGGAUUUGGCGAAUAUGAUGAGUUGUGAUAUGGCGGCUUCUUGCAUCGAAACUGCCAUAAUAAGCCAGUCCCAGAUAAGAGGAUGGUUCGAGUCACGCCCCACAUUAGAGACCUGCCGAGCCGUCGACCGGCAGAGCGGGUCAUGCCCGUGUCCGGGCCGGGGCACCUUCUUCGCACAUCCGAACGCUCAGACCAUGCGUUUGGCCCAAGGGGGAAAGGUCCUGCUCUGGCGUGCUCUGCCCUUGCCGCCCGACUCAUUCAGUGAUUCAGCGCGCACUGAGCAAGGGCACUUGGGAGUCUGGGAUUUGGAAGUCCGUGUAAAACUGGGACUCACCUCAGGCUGA